AUGGUUCCAAAAGAUAAUGAAAAGUUAUUGACCAUAGAGGAAGAGCAGAAGGCCGAGGCUGAAAGGCUGAAGACUGAGGCGAACAUAUUUUUCAAAAAAGAGAGUUACAACAAGGCCAUUGAACUGUACACUGCGGCGAUCAACUUGAAUCCGAAUGAGCCAUCUUACUAUGGUAACCGCAGUUUUGCGUUUUUGAAGACCGAGCUGUACGGUGCG